GCUCUCUGAUACUCUAGAAAAGUCAGCAAGACCCCAGCUCUGUGAUAAUUAAAAGUCAGCAAGGCCCCAGCUCUCUGAUACUCUAGAAAAGUGGGAAGAAGAAGAAGAAAGAGCAAUACAACAGGUGAUGCUAAAGACAAGAGCAUUUACCAGUCUCGGCCACUAGAUGCCGCUAUGUUCUACACGCAAUGGCGUCGAGGCUUCGGAGCAGUUAAGUAAUUCAAUCGCUAGGUGGCGCCGCUCGCUUAUGGAACUCGAGUUCAUCGUCCCGUUUUUACCGCACGGAGGUAUUUUCCAGGGCACCGCUCUUCGCUUCCUGCUUAUUGGGUCACGUGGACAGGUAAGUAGGUUUCCCAGGCAUUACCCACAAGCCGGUGCCCAGUUGUCCCGCUAGAAUAGUGUCCCGCGGGUGUCCGCAGCUUGGCAUUUGCCCUGAGAGCGAGGCCAUUUUGUCUCUGGUUCUGUCACACACACAGGCCUGUCCUACACUGAUUUCUUCUUCUUCCUGUCCCGCCAGGUGUUUAGUCUCUUCACAAAUCUGCCCUGAACACUGGAUAAUAAUAAUCUGGCUGCUGCUACUGGCAACACGGGGCUCUAGCGGGUUCGGUAUCAGUCUGAGCGCUCAGUGAGUUUGAUAUGAGCAGCCAGUGAUAUGUGUGUAGCUGCAGCUCCAUCUUAUUACUGACGAACAACUCCUCCCGGAUACACCAAUAGCGGCUUCUCUAUGGCCAGUAACCCUUAGCAACCGACUUGUACAUCCCGCUGUUCCCUGCACAGCACCAGGCCACAUGGAUUUGAAGCUCUUAUAACAAAGUAAUGAGGAAACAAGACAAUCUGCGCACAGCCAGCAAAGCCCCGCCCAUUACCAACAUGGAGUCACGCUUGUCUCGUUAUUCAGUGGCUUCUUCCAAUGUGAAAGUAAAGAAUGAAUCCGACCCUGCAAAUCACGUGGCUGCAAUAAAGAGAGAAACAGAUUCAUUUUCAUUGGAUGUAGAUUCCUUGAAGUCAGAAGCAGAAAUAUUACAGAUAAAGAUAAAGGAAGAGGGGCCGGAGGCUGAUUGUGAUGCAGAUCAGAUAGAGAGUGUGGAAGUUACACUUUCUGAUGGGGAGUCCAAGUCAAGUGAUGACAGAAGAAUCCACAUGGAAUCCCCAAGAUUACGAAGGAAACUCCGGGGCCCCCCGGUGCCAAAAACCCAGGGCGAUGUCCUUCCCAAAGAAUCGAGUUAUAUCUGCAGUAAAUGUGGGAAAAGCUUCUCCGUGGAUAGUGAUCUCCUGUCUCACGUUUGUAUCAGCUCUUUGUACGAUUUCCAGUCCCAAGAUGUGACCCCCGCGGGAGAAUUCCACUGCUCCGAAUGUGCCACAAGCUUCCCCCGUAAGGCGGCCCUCUUGGAACAUCUGAGACUUCACAAGGGGGAGAAACCAUUUGCCUGUAAAGAAUGUGGGAAACUGUUUGCUCGAAAGCUCCUCCUCCAGAACCACCAGAAAGAUCACGCGGGGGGGAAACCAUUCACCUGCACGGAAUGCGGCAAAAGCUUUUCCAAAAAGUUCAACCUCAUAAGACACGAGAAGAGCAGCCUCCAGAUUCACCGGAAACAAAGCACGGGGGAAAAACCCUUCCCCUGCCCCUACUGUGACAAGAGCUUUUCCCGCAAGUUCAAUCUGCUGAGGCACGAGGUCGUUCACAUGGUGGAAAUACGGUGCAAAAGCUGCGACAAAAGCUUCCAGCAAAAGGUUUCCCUCAAAAUCGAGACGGGGGAAAAACCCUUCCUGUGCUCUGAAUGUGAAAAGAUAAGUUCCGACUACGGAAAGAAAAGGACUCAGCCUUUCAAGUGCCCGCAGUGCGGAGAUACUUUCUUUCAGAAGUCGCAUCUCCUCGGCCACCAGAAAGUUCAUGAAAGGGAGAAACGUUUCGGCUGCCCACGAUGUGCAGAGAGGUUCCCUAGCAACAAGGAACUGAGGAAACACAAGAAGUCCCACAGGAUUAGGAAAGUGGGAGAGGAGGCUGGGGAGUCUGAAAAACAAUAACAUUAUGUGAUAUAUAAUAAUAAUAAUAAUAUAUGAGAAAAUGCCUCCUACAGGACUGUCAGGAUAAGCCUACGAGGGGGGAAUAAAAGGCUGGGCCUUAGUACUCACAACUUAUUAUACCUGUUAUCCAGAAUGCUCGGGACCUGGGGUCUUCUGGAUAACAGAUCUUUCUGUAAUUUGGAUCUUCAUACCUUAAGUCUACUAGAAAAUCAUUUAAACAUUAAAUAAACCCA